AUGUUUGGGCUCACCAUACUUGAGCACAGGUGUGCCCUGCCAGGCAUAGACAACGACACGUACGCUGUGCAGAGCCCCUACCACCAGACCCUCAUCAACGCCUCCAUACCUCUGGAGACCACAGACGGGGUACAGACCUUGUCAGCCUGCAAGAUCCGGGUACCGCGCAUGCGCCACAACGUGACGUCACUGACAAUGGCGUCCACCGAAUCUCCCCUCGCCGCAAAGCUCCCGUAUGCUACUACGUCUUCCGUGGCGGGAAAUGUGAGCGUGUCGUCUGGGGGGGAGGAGGAGGAGGAGGGCGGGGAGGGGUACGAGGUACAGGAGUGCUCACGAUGGGUGUACGACAAGAGUUAUUUUGAUUACUCGCUCAUAGAGAAGGUAAACAACACGCUCAUUUAUAUCACGAGGUUCGGCCGCAAGAACUGUAUCAUGUUCUUCGUGGUGGUUCUGGUGGUCAGUUCUAUCGCCAACGUAUUCGUCUUUGACAUCCCCUCACUUCUGGUCCUGAGGUUCUUCGCGGGCUUUUCCACCACCAGUGUCUACAUGGCCAACUUUGUGCUAGGUGUCUGCCCAAGCAUUGUGUGCACUCGUCUGAUGCCCGAGUCGCCGCGCUGGCUUCUCUCCAAGGGACGUGUGCAAGAGGCCAAGGUCAUCUUUGAGAAAAUGGCGGCCACAAACCGGAAGCCGUUCCCAGAGGCGCUGUUCGAGGAAGUGGCGGCCGAAAGUGUUGGGAAAACCUCCGAGAAAGGAGAGACGGAGGAGAAAGAGAAGCUACAGGGGGAUAGACCCCAAACCACACAGAAGGAGGACAGUUUACUCAGCAUGCUCAAGCACAAGUGGCUGGCCGUGCGUCUCUUCAUCUUGAUAUUCCAGUGGUGA